AUGACCGGGUACAAAAUUGCAAAAGUAAUUUACGAAAAUUUUAUAUAUGAACUCCGUUAUUAUCAUAACGCCCUUGUAUCUGAUUGCAUGAGCCGUAUGCUAAACCAGAGUAUAUCGCCCCUAAAAAGGCUCUCUGUAUUUCCAUCACUACUGUUAGACUUUCGAGAAUGGAAACUUGUUUGA